AUGAAACCAACAAUGAACAAAUGCCAGGGAAAUCACACGACCAUCACAGAAUUCAUCCUCCUGGGAUUUGGGACUUUCCCUCAACUGCAGAUUCUUCUCUUCCUGCUGUUUCUAGUGAUCUGCAUUGUGACUCUGGCCGGAAACAUCCUCAUAAUUGCACUAGUUGUGGCUGAUCAGCACCUUCACACCCCCAUGUAUUUCUUCUUGGGGAGCUUGUCCUGCUUGGAGACCUGCUACACCUUGACCAUCCUGCCCAGGAUGUUGGCCAGUCUCCUGACUGGGGACAGAACCAUUUCUGUUGGUGGCUGCCUGACACAAUUAUAUUUCUUUGGUUCUCUGGCAGCCACUGAAUGUUCUCUCUUAUCUGUGAUGUCCUAUGAUCGUUAUUUAGCGAUAUGCAAACCUCUGCAUUAUGCAUCCCUUAUGAAUAGCAGGUUCUGUAUCAAGUUGGUGGUCGGGUCAUGGAUAGGUGGAUUUAUAUGUAUGGCCGUCUGUAUGUCUAUGACCUCACAGAUAACAUUCUGUGGCCCCAAUGAAAUUGACCAUUUCUUUUGUGAUUUAAGCCCAGUAAUAAAACUGUCCUGCAGUGAUACCCACACAGUGGAAGUUACUGCUUUCAUAAAUUCCUCCAUUUUUACAUUGCCUCCAUUUCUGUUGAUCCUGGCAUCCUAUGUUUGUAUCAUCUCCACCAUCCUGAGAAUUCCUUCCACCACUGGGAGGAAAAAGGUCUUUUCCACCUGCUCCUCUCACCUCAUUGUGGUGACAAUUUUCUACGGGACUCUAGACAUUGUGUAUUUGGUGUCAGACUCUGAUGCACUAAGGCACCUGAACAAAGUGUUCUCUGUCUUCUAUGGAGUCCUGACUCCAUUGGUCAACCCCCUGAUAUACAGCCUGAGAAACAAGGAGGUGAAGGAAGCCUUCAGAAAAGCUGUCUGUAAUUUUUUUUCUUCCAAGAAUACAGAUAUUUUAAACCUAUAUAUAUAG